CCGCGCACACGCCCGCAAAGUGUCUCGUCGCUCGUGGAGCAAGUUUUUUUUUUUGAAGUUGUUGCGUGGACUGUCUUCGUCACGGAGGCCAAUGGACCUCCACCGCGCCUUCAAGAUGGAGAGCUCCUCCUACAUGCCCGCCCCCCUGGCGUCCCCCGCCCUGAUGGUCCUGGCCUCCACCGCCGAGGCCGGCCGGGACGCCUCCAUCCCCUGCCAGGCUCCAAGACCCUUCGGCGUGCCGGCGUUGGCGGAGAAGGAUCUCCACCUGCCCUUCCCCUCGGCCUCCUACACCUUCGCCUCCAUGUACCAGCGCCAGGGUCCCGUGUCGGGCGCCUUCGCCGGCCGAGACUUCCCGGCCUCCCUGCUCCACCUGCACCCCCAGUUCGCCCCCCCGAACCUGGACCGCUCCACCUUGGGGAUGCUCAACCACGGCGGGGCGGCCGGCGCCUUCAGGCCCUUCUCGGCGGCGCACGAGGACAGGGAGUCGGUGGGCUACCACUCGGCGUUCUCGCCCGCCAAGAGGCUGAAGGGUUGCUUCUCGGCGGCGGAGGGGAAGGACUUUGACUUCAACUCGCUUAAAGCCGGAGAGGACCCGGGGAGGAAGUUGUUCUCCGUGUCCGGCCUGCUGUCUGACGGCGAGGCCUCGUCCAGCCCGGAGGAGCGGAAGGAGCACCGCAAGGUGAAGGUUUUCUACGACGCCGGGGCUCCCGUGUGUCCGGUGUGCCAGAACGUUCUGCGACCCGGCGAGCUGCAAGACCACAUGGAGCAGGAGUUGACACAACUCAGCCAGCUUCAAAUCAGUGUCACACCUGUGCAGCACGAGCACGCCAUGAGGACGCCAAAGCUUCUGUCCUUCUCGCUGCACAUCAAACGGGAAGGAAGUUCCCCCAAGUCACCGCCAAGACCUGCUGAUGACACGCACUCUGACCGCUAUCAGACGUUUCUGCGCGUGCGAGCCAACAGACACACCCGGCUAAACGUCGAAGACCUCUGCUGGUGCAGGUGCUACGUCACACCUGCGCCGUUACGGCCGCACGGCGCGGGAGUCCACCUAGACUGCACACGAGCUGUCCGCAUCAGCAGACUGAAGAGGAGGAAAGCGGAGGACGGGCAGGAGGUCCAUGCAAACACGACACUGUCGGAGGACGAGUGGAGCGAGAGGAGGAAGAUACAGAUGAUGUCGCUCCUCGGAGGGUUCAAAGGGGCCAUGUUGGUGAGCAGCACGUCCAAAGAAGGUCGGGACAGCGACGCUGACCUGGACGUGGACGGGGACGACACCUUAGCGUACGGCCGAGCUCAAUACUGUGAGACAGACGUGAUGGUGUGUGCAGGAGACAACAUCAAGGAGACCACCGCCAACAGUUCCGUGCCGGACUCUGCAGCCCACAGACAAACUUCCACUUGGUCCAGCCAGGGAAGUCCUUCCACCAGCACUGAGCGACUGGACGCGCUCCCAAAGAGCUGCAACAACACCGAUACGGACAUGCCCUCAGAAGACGACACGCUGACGUCGCUGGACGCUCUGAAAGCUCGUAUACGAGACUUAGAGAAGCAGUUGUGUAAAGGAGACAGAUUGAAAUGUCUCAUCUGCAUGGACAGCUACACGACCCCACUCACCUCCAUCCAGUGCUGGCAUGUCCACUGCGAGGAGUGCUGGCUCAGAACGCUGGGCGCCAAGAAGCUGUGUCCUCAAUGCAACACCAUUACGUCACCUGGGGACUUGAGGCGGGUCUACCUGUGACGAGGGCGGGGCUUGUGUGAGCAGCUGGCCUGACUCCUCCCCCUCCCCCUCACUUCUGACCUUGGACCUACUUUUUGAAGUCAGCGCCACCUUUUCAGAAUAAUUUGAAAGACUUCCUGCUUCCUGAUUGGUGGAGAAAAAAAAAUCGAUAUUUAUCAAUUUUAUAAACCGUUUUUGUGUUUUUUUUAAGCACAUGUAAAUGUUUUUUUUUUUUGUGUUUGGUGUUUGUUUAUCCUGACCUGCUCCUGCAUUGAUGCCAACUUCCGCUCUUCACCCGUGUUGCCAAAAUAAAAU